GCAGCUUUGCGGUGGGAAGCGGCUCCUGGGCAGGGGGCAGUAGGAGAGAAGCAGCAGAUGUCAAGGCGGGGCGGGGGCGCGGGGGGAGAAGAGAUGCACCCAAGGCACGAGGAUCUGCAGCCAUGCAAGGCUCCAGUAUUUCGCCUCACUGGUUUUCUCUCCUGAACAAAGUGGAAGUGCAAAAUCGCCCUCCCACCCCAUCUCGUCGGCAUGAAGAGGUGCAUAUCGGAUGAGUUGCAGCAGCCGGAGGACGACUGUGCUGGGGCUGAAGAUGCCCCCAACCUGGCUGCCAUGGAUGCGAAACCUGGGGAUUGCGCUUCUGCUCUGUCGGAUUUGGGCACUGCUGCUUGUCCAAACCCUGCUCCCCAUUCUGUUCCCCGGAGCAAGCCUCCUGAUUUAAAGAAAAUACAGCAGCUCUCAGAAGGCUCCAUGUUUGGCCAUGGCCUGAAGCACCUUUUCCACAGUCGCCGCAGGUCGCGGGAACGGGAGCACCAGAACUCCCAGGACUCUCUGUCACAGCACUACGGGAUGUCUGACCAUGACUCCCCUGAUGAGAAAGAACGCUCACCAGAGAUGCACCGUGUCUCCUAUGCCAUGUCCCUCCACGACCUCCCCGUACGCCCCACUGCCUUCAACAGGGUGCUGCAGCAGAUCCGCUCCCGCCCAUCCAUCAAGAGAGGGAGCAGCUUGCACAGCGGCAGCCGCCGGAGCAAAAGCAGUUCCCUUGAUCCCCAGAAAGGCAGCCCCCAUCUGGUCCGGAAGGCGCCCCAGGAUAGUAGCCUCACAGCCAUAUUGCAUCAGCACCAAGGCCGGCCAAGGUCUUCAUCCGCCACAGACACCGCCAUCUUGCUGGCUGAGAGUGGGGCUGUGUAUCUCCUCCCAGAGGAGUCGGAGUGCCUCACCGACAAGCUGGACAAAGGGGACGUGAGCACGCUUAGCCUGCCUUCCAACGCCAGCCAUGGCGACGCCGACAUCAGCAACAUCUGCUUGGAUGUCCCAGAUGGCACCCCAGACCCGCACAGGACAAAAGCUGCCAUCGACCACCUGCACCAGAAAAUCCUCAAGAUCACCGAGCAGAUCAAGAUUGAGCAGGAGGCUCGGGACGACAAUGUAGCCGAGUACCUGAAGCUGGCCAACAACGCUGACAAGCAGCAGGCCUCCCGCAUCAAGCAAGUCUUUGAGAAGAAGAACCAGAAGUCGGCCCAGACCAUCGCCCAGCUCCAUAAGAAGCUCGAGCACUACCACAAGAAGCUAAAGGAGAUUGAACAGAACGGGCUCUCCCGACAGCCCAAGGAUGUCUUCCGGGACAUGCACCAGGGCCUCAAGGAUGUGGGGGCCAACGUCCGGUCCAGCAUCAGCGGCUUUGGAGGCGGGGUAGUAGAAGGAGUCAAGGGAAGCCUGUCGGGUUUGUCCCAGGCCACCCACACAGCUGUGGUCUCCAAACCCCGGGAGUUCGCUAGCCUGAUCCGGAACAAGUUUGGCAGUGCCGACAACAUCGCCCACCUGAAGGACACUCUGGAUGACGGGCACCCCGAGGAGGCCUCGCGGACUCUGAGCGGCAGCGCCACCCUGGUGUCCAGCCCCAAAUACGGCAGCGACGACGAGUGCUCCAGUGCCACCUCAGGAUCGGCGGCGGGCAGCAACUCGGGGGCAGGGCCCGGUGGCUUGGGAAGCCCCAAGUCCAAUACCCUGGACAGUCACCACAAUAACUUUGACACCAUCCUGGAGGAGCUCCGGGAGAUUAAGGACAGUCAGUCGCACCUGGAGGACUCGAUGGAGGAUCUCAAGGCGCAGCUGCAGAGGGACUAUACCUACAUGACGCAGUGCUUGCAAGAGGAGCGGUACAGAUACGAACGCCUGGAAGAGCAGCUGAAUGACCUGACGGAGCUCCACCAGAAUGAAAUGACCAACCUGAAGCAAGAGCUAGCCAGCAUGGAGGAGAAGGUGGCCUAUCAGUCCUAUGAGAGGGCUAGAGACAUCCAGGAAGCAGUGGAAUCAUGCCUCACCCGUGUCACCAAGCUGGAGCUCCAGCAGCAGCAGCAGCAGGUGGUGCAGCUGGAAGGGGUGGAGAACGCCAAUGCCCGGGCCCUGCUGGGCAAAUUCAUCAACGUCAUUCUGGCCCUCAUGGCGGUGCUGCUUGUCUUCGUCUCCACCAUCGCCAACUUCAUCACGCCCCUCAUGAAGACCCGCAUGCGCAUCCUCAGCACCGCCCUGCUGUUCCUCUUCCUCCUCUUCCUCUGGAAGCACUGGGACUCCAUCACUUAUUUCCUGGAGCAUGUGUUGCUCCCCAGCUGAUUCCCUGGGGCAGCAUUCCAUUUUCCUACCGAGAAAACAGGAAAGGGAUGGGGGAGAAACUAGAGCCUUCCAUAAAAUGUCUUAAUUCAUUCAGUUGAGUCUGGUUUCCCACCCCCUGCACCCAUCUGUAUUCACAUCCAGCAUCCUCAUUGUGGCCAGGAGCGUGGCCUGUUGAGCCAGGAUUGUUCACUCCUCCGUGAAGCCCUGGAAGGUGAGGAUGGGGAGAGCAAUGAAGAGUUUGGAAGAAGCCUGUAACUGACAUGUUCUUGGUUUGUUUGUUUUUUAAAUGACAUGAUCGUAAUAGUCUCUGGGCACGAGACUUUCUUUACAUGCCAGUCGCCACCAGGACUGUAAUUUAAAAGCUUUGUAUCCAGAGCAGAGUUUGCCUUCGAACCCAGCCACCGGGAAACUUUCUCUAGAGUGAGGAGAGGUUUUUUCUUAAAGACAAGGCUGGUGAAAAGCUCAUACCUGGGAUGCAAUAAAGAAAUCAAUAGCAAGAGGAAGAAGUGGAGCUCAAGUGAAUAUUCUAAUGUUUCUGCUCCCAGGAGAGCUUGCAUAUUUGAUGAAGCAGAAUGUACACAUCACACCAGCUUCUCCAGACCAGACGCACAUGCAUUCUCGUUACCAAACAGCUGACAAGCCGGACACAGAAUUGGGGUUGCUAUUUAUUAUUAGAAUGGCUUCCUUUGCACAGCUGAUCAUUGGCGUGUGGCCAGCGGAUACCAGUUCUGGUUCCAAUCAGAAAACUCAUACACUUCUGGCACAGGUGAAA